AUGCUGAAAUUCGCGCUUUUCUUCGCUUUGGGUACAGUUUGUUACGCCGGGGCCCAUCAUUUCGAAGUUUUCGGCGAUUGUAAAGAGGUUCUUUUUUUCGAAACUUUUUUGACUUCCCGAAAAAUUCUCAGGAUAAAUUGAACUUCAAAAAUCCAUAGAAUGGAGAAAUUUUAAGAAAAAAAUCCGCUUUUUAAAAAUUUUUAAAAAGUUCAUAUUUUUUUGACCCUACUCUCAUCAAGAAAAAUUCAAUAAAUAAUUUUUUUAAUUUGAAAAUUUAAAAAAAUUAGCCAAUAGCCGUCCUAGUUCAAUGGGGCGCACUUGUAAUACCAAAAAGGCCAUUUUCUCACGAUUCUUCAUAAAAUCGUAAAAUCGAAUUUUUUUGUCGCUAAUCUCUAUAAGAAAAAAAUUCAAAUAGUCAUUUUUCUGGUGAAAAAAAUUUUUAUAGUGCUUAUAUUGCCGUUUUUUUCGACACUCUUUUUCCAGUGAAAAAAAUUGAAAAAAAUCAAUAAAAAAAUGGCUUAGCCAGCCAAUAACCGCCCUAGUUCAAUAGGGCGCACUUGAAGUACCAAAAAGGCCAUUUUCUCACGAUUUUCAAGAUUUGCUAGAAAAAUUUUUCAAAAAUCCUAAACUUGACUUGAAAAUAUAUCUGUAGGAAAAUAAUAUUUUUUAAAACUUCAAUUUCAGCUCCAAGAGCAACUGAUUGGAAGUGGCGACGCAGCCGAGAAACUCAAAAAAUUCAACGAUUUUUUGGCGACUUUGGGUGAUGGGACUGUCGGGGUGAGUUGUAAUUACUUUUAUAAAUUUUGAUCAAAUUUAGAGCUUCAAGUUGAAUAUUUUCUAUAAAUAAAGUUUCAGACUCAAUUUUGGGCCUUGGUCAGCACUUUCAAGGCCAAUCUCCAUUCACAAUUGACCACAAAUGAGGUAAAAGAAAAAUAAAAAUUUUUUUCAUUUUGGAAAAAAACCAGGCUUCUACAUAGAUAUUGGAACUAUACUAAAUAUGAUCACCGGGUGAUAAUUUUCCGAAAAAUUCAGUUUUUUUAAAUUUUUGGACAAGAAUAAGUAAUAUUUUAACUGAAAAAAAUGAAGAAAAAAAUGAAGAAAUUUUGUGAUUUUUUUCUGAUCAAAAAAACACUCAAAAAUCGAUGAAAAAAAGUAUCCGGUGUGAAAUUUUUCAAAAAUUUUUUUGAUUUUCUUAAGUCAUCAGAUAAUAAAAUAUAAAAACUUAUAGCCCCUAAUGAUCCUAUAUUCCAGGGAAAAGAAGCCGCCGUCGGUUUCGUUGACAAAUUCGAAAAAGGCGAGCUUUUCGUGUCGCCAGAUGAAGCUCGGGCAUUGGUAAGACCAAUUUUUUCAUUUUUUGUAUUUAAAAUUUCAAGAAGCAAGUUCAAAAAGUACUUCAAACUUGAUAUAGUCAAUGUUUCCCGACUCGAAAGGCGAGGGGGCGGGGCAAGGGGCGGGACGCGUAGCGUGUGCGUUCGCGGUUCUUGGCGACUAUUCAAAAAGCUCGGCAACCGCUCUUUUUCAAUGUUUUCUACUAUUUUUUUGAUGCACACAUGAACAUAAUCCAUAAAUAGUUGAAAAAGGAAUGAAAAAAGCGAAAAACGGGCUUUUCAAAGAGUCGCUGGCGGUUGAAUUGAACACGUGCCAAGUACCGCGAACGCACACGCUACGCGUCCCGCCCCCUGCCCCGCCUCCCUCGUCUUUCAAGUCGGGAAACAUUGACUAUAAAAACUCCGAUUUUUCAGCUCCAAGAAACGUCGGAAAAGAUUCCGGAGGCGGACCGUGAGCCGGCCAAAAUCGUCGCCAAAACCUACGCCGAGCAGAUCAAGAAGCUCGUUUUGCCCGUUCUUCCCGAAUCUUGCAAACCUCCCGUCACAACUCCUUCUCCAUAA